UGAGGUUCGCUUCGUCCUCGCAUGGUCCUCGCAGGUCUAUAAAUCACCUCCCUCCGCUGCCGAUCAAUCGAGAAAUAAAGACAUCAUUCACUCACAACAUCACAACAUCACAACCAGACCUCACAAUAUCCCACCACCACAAGCCGCACUGCACCUCGCACAACCAAUAAACCAAACAACCAACCUACCAACACCAUGCUCUCCAAGGUCACCGUCCUCGCCCUCGCGGCCGCCGCCCCCCUGGCUUCGGCCCUGGGCCUCGCCACCGUCGCCAACAGGUGCGACACCGACGUCUACGUGUGGUCGGUCGGCUCGGCGGUCGAGGGCCCGAUCCAGAUCGCCAAGGACGGCACGUACGGCGAGUCGUUCGUCAAGGACGAGGUGACGGGCGGCAAGGCGCUCAAGGUGACGCUCGAGGCCGACGGCCUGUACACGGGCGCGGCCCAGACCGUCUUCGCCUACAGCCUCGACGGCGACAACGUCUGGUACGACCUCAGCGACGUCUUCGGCGACGCCUUCGUCGGCAAGAAGGUCGUCGUCUCCAGCGCCAAGGAGACCUGCCCCUCCAUCAUCUGGCCCACCGGUGUCCCGCCCGCCGGCAGCCAGGUCAAGGUCUGCACCGCCAGCGAGGACGUCACCCUCACCCUCUGCGCUUAAGGGGUUUGAUGUCGGGUGGAGGAACAAGGGCCGGGAGAGACGGAUCGGCCGUGGGAAAGAGGAGUAAUGGAGUCGGGAUAUGGUGAUACAUCACAUAUGGGUUUGGGCGGGAGUUCUGUUCUUAACAUUCCUUGGGACUUAGAGGUCUGAUUACUACUAGUA